GUCCUUAUGUUUUUGCUGAAAAAAAAAAAAAAACUUUCGAAAGCAGCGUUAACCUUCCUUUUCUAAACAGUCUUAUAAAUAAAUAAUAAAUAAUCGUUAUGUCCGUGUAUCAACAAUCGCGGCGGACGUUUGGAAACAAGAGCGUUUUACCUACCACAAAUGACAUGGAGAGCAAAAAUAAUCUAGCUCGGCCCGUCCUUUUUGGUUUAACCCGAAAGCAAUUGUCGUUAAUAGUUCUUGUUGUUCAAAAUAGUACACUCGUAUUGAUGAUGAGGUAUUCACGAAUCGUACAGAAACCCGGACAAACCAUGUAUAUUGCUUCGACCGCAGUGUUUUUAGCAGAGGUAUUAAAGAUUAUAGCAUGUCUUGUAGUCAUGAGACAUCAGCAAGGAUCUUGGGAUAGAUUCAGCUCGAUGGUUAGAAGAGAAAUUUUGGGGAAACCAAACGAAACACUAAAAAUGCUUAUCCCUUCUGGACUUUAUGCACUUCAAAACAAUUUAUUAUACGUUGCAUUAAGUAACUUGGAAGCAGCAACAUUUCAGGUGACCUAUCAAAUGAAAAUCAUGUCUACCGCUGUAUUCAGUGUGGCUUUGUUGGGAAGAAGUUUAACUCGAGAUAAAUGGCUGGCUUUAUUACUAUUAAUGAUUGGUGUUACACUUGUUCAAUCUCAAAGUAUGUCCUCUACAUCUGGUACAACCACCUCCAAAGUGGAUGAAAUCAUAUUAGCUCCACAAAACCCCUUUAUUGGUUUAAUGGCUGUCAUUACAAGCUGUGUUUCUUCAGGUUUUGCAGGUUGUUAUUUCGAAAAGAUUUUAAAGACAUCAGACACUUCAAUGUGGGUACGUAAUAUUCAACUGGGAAUAUCAGGAGCCUUAUUUUCGCUGGUCGGGAUGCUUGCUUAUGAUAUUCAACCUAUCAUGGAUGGUGGAUUAUUGCAGGGAUAUAAUUGGCUUACUUGGGUUGUAGUAGCAAACCAAGCAUUGGGAGGUUUAUUAGUUGCAAUUGUUGUCAAAUAUGCAGACAAUAUUUUAAAGGGCUUCGCCACAAGUUUGUCGAUCAUUGUAUCUGGUGUCAUUAGUAUCUACUUGUUUGGCUUCCAACCUUCUGGUGUGUUUAUUGUGGGUGCAUUUAUUGUCAUGUCGUCGUCCUAUCUCUAUGGUAUAGAUUUCUCGAAACGUUUCUCUCGUGUAAAACCACUUUAAUAAUAAUCUUAAUAAUAAUAAUCAUAAUCACCAUCAGUCUUUUUUGUAUAUAUAAUAAACGCUUCAAACUACAUUUUCUAAAA